UUGCAGAUUUGUGAAACUCUACAGCUAGAUAAUCGACCCGAAUAUCGACGGGCAUGGCUGCAACCUGAUCCUGGAAAUCUUCCUCGGGCAAUUUGUUUGGAGAAGAAUCAGAUGAGCUCACGAUUACUGUCCGUUCGAAAUGCAAAUUUACUGCUGAAGUUACCAGCGCGAUCCGAUACUAAGCCCGUCAUCCAAAAAGACGAAAUUGUUGAUGCGCUUGUUAUUCGUCACUUAUAG